AUGCGGUGGAAUUUUUUCUUUUUAUUGGCUUCAGGAAACUUUGUGUUAAGCGAUAAUUUUUCUGGACAAACAACUCAGUCACUUCUUGAUUCUGCAUCAAGAUUUUUUGAAAGAGGAAAACUGUCAGAAGCUGUUGAUCUUUAUACUGUUGCUAUAUCUCGAGAUCCAUCUAAUUAUUUAACAUUUUUCAAAAGAGCGACCGCAUUAAUGUCACUAGGCAGGAAUCAUUUAGCGAUAGAUGACUUUACUAAAGUUCUUGAUCUUAAGCCGGAAUUUUCUGGUGCAUUGCUUCAAAGAGGAAAACUUAGAGCUAGACUUGGAGAUUGGGAAAAUGCAAUCGAGGAUUUAAAAAAAGUAAAUGAUUAUCAGUAUUUGAAGGAGGUUAUGGACGCACAAAAGCAUGCAAUGAUGGCUACUGUGUCGUUUAAUAAAGGUAAUAUAGAAGACUGUUUGGAACACUUGAAAGUCGCUAUUUCUGUGGCAUCAUUAGUACCGAAGUUAAGGUUGUUGCGUGCAGAUUCACAUAUAAUUCUUGGAAAUGUAGAAAAUGCUAUUAAGGAUUUGAUACAUGCAACUACUUUGGAUCCUUCUUCUACAGAGGUUUAUGUUACUCUUUCUGAGCUUCUUUAUUAUUCAAAAUAUGAACCAGAACAAGCUAUUGCACAAGUUAAGCGAUGUUUACAUUUUGAUCCAGAACAGAAAAAGUGUAAACAGAUUUUUCGUUCAAUUAAAAAAUUUGAAAAGGAUAUUUCGAAUGUUAAGAAAUUAAGGGAUGGAGGAAAAUGGGGAGGGAUGGUUAUAAUUUUGGUUAAUAGCUCAAGUGGGAGUGGUAUUUUGGAUUCCGUAGAGAAGAAAAUUAAGGAACUUGAGAAAAAAAAUUUGAUUAGGUCAAAUAGUCCAAAAACGCUUUUAUCUGAAUUGAGAGAAAUGGCGUGUAAGGCAUACUCUGAGAUGGAAAGAUAUUCCAGUUCUGAAAAAUAUUGUGCAUUGGCGUUAGAUCUUAAUCCUAGGUCUAUUCCUGCUCUUCUCGAUAAGGCUAAUAUGUUGAUGAGGAAUGAGUUGUAUGAAGAAGCUUUAUCAAUAUUAACAAAAGCAAAUGAGUAUUCACAAGGUCAGGACAAUGUAGUAAAGGAAAAACAUUAUUUGUGUCAAAAGCUUUUGCGCCAGUCAAAGAAGAAGAAUUAUUAUAAGGUUCUUGAUGUUAAAAGAGAUGCAACAUCGAGAGAAAUAAAGGCUGCAUAUAGAAAAUUGGCAAAACAAUAUCAUCCAGAUAAAUAUAGAGGUAGUAUGUCUAAAGAAGAAGUCCUUAGAAAGAUGGAAAAUAUUAAUGAAGCAUGGAAUGUUUUAUCUAAUCCUGAUCUACGUCAACGGUAUGAUAAUGGAGAUGAUCCUAAUGAUACUGGAUCAGACAAUUCUUACCAAGGUUCUCCGUAUUUUUUCUUUCGAAAUGACGGUUACGACUUUUAUCACGAUAUGUUUUCUGAUAGUUUCUUUUCUAACUAA